GUAGUUUCAAAGGUUGUGUACAUUUGUCGGACUUCAUGUCUCAGGAACGCGAUCUGGCAGUAAAUUCAGACCGUUUAUUGCUUGACAAGCUUCAGCCCGAGAGAAGAAAUUCAAAGGUAAGAAUCACUUCCUGUUAUUAAUUGAAUCACGGACUGUCUGUGCACCGAUUGGUUAUUAAGCGAUGAUUAACAAUACGAGACCACAAUGCGCUGUCCGGCUGUUGCCUAGUCCUGCUUUGUUGUUGCUUUUUCAGGAUACAAACAUGACCACAGCGGCUGGAUGACUGAAAUACUGAAACUAUUGAGCGGUCACCACAAUUCAGCUCUCGGUAGCAACAAUAGAUUACAUUUCAGAUGGCUGCUUGAACAAACGUCAAAGAUAUAGGUCGAUGGGCUGACAAGUCAUACAAGUAGCCUCCAAUAAUAUAGAGCCGAUUUUUAAAGGAACAUUUCAUUAUUUUCUAUUUAUUUAAAACACUAUUAGACAACGCUGUAUGUUUUCAUGUUUGAAAGUCAAACUACUAAUGUUACUGUUCAAUUACAAAUACAAAACUAACCUCUUCUAUAUGUACCAUUUCAGUUGUAGGCUUGUGUACAUUUCCUUUGAUAUCCAUUCAUUGCUUCUCAUGGAAAAACAGUAACACUCUGGCUUUACAAUUAACAACCGUGAAGAUCAAAUCUGCGUCAGUUGUUGCUACAGUUACACAAAUGCAAAUUUAAAAAGCUUGCACUUCAUUAUGUUAUAACGUUACACAAGUCUGCUAAAAGAUGUUCACAAAUUAAUGAAAGAUCUGGAUCAAUAGAAAUAAUAUAUUCAAGUUUCAAAAAACAUAAGCAUUAUUUGUAGAAGGAUUAGCUUCAAUGGAAAGCACAUGUGAUUGGCAGUAAAUGGGCUAAAACAUGUGAAACCACUGGAAUGGUCCUUUCAUUUCUUUUUAUCUCCCAAACAGUUUUCUGCCUCAUCUCCUUUGAUCUGUCUUCUCUAUCAGUUAAAAUAUUUUCCUCAUAUGUCCUUUCCCCCUGCUCUCUGCCUCCUCACCUCCUUCACUCAUACCGGUGUCAUGUGUUUCUCCGUGUUUUCCACCAGAUAAGAGCUGACAUCCAAUCGGUUUGUCUCUGGGUGUCUCUCCCUCCCUCCAGUGUGUCAUCAUGAGUUCUUGACGUUUGUCUCUUCAUUCGUGUCAGUAUGAGCGGUGCUGCGCUGGCUGUUGUGGUGGUAGUUGUUUUCCUCUUGGCCUUCUACCUCCUCCAGCGCUAUGGAGAUUUGCGGAGGCAGCAGCGGAUGGUCCUCUUGGGGACGCUGCUGUCCUGGUACCUCUGCUUCCUCAUCGUCUUCAUCCUGCCGCUCGACGUCAGCACGACCAUCUACAAGCAGUGUGUUCAUGACAAUGCAAACCACCCUACUCCUGUAACUGGAGCGAGACGCACUAAUCAGAGAGAUGACAACUCCUCUGUUCAUCCAACUGUCAGUGUACCGAAGCUUUGUGAGGAGCCGUGGAGUUAUAUACCCGAUGGCAUCCUGCCAGUGUUCUGGAGAGUUGUAUACUGGACGUCCCAGUUUCUUACUUGGCUGCUGUUGCCUUUCAUGCAGUCUUAUGCACGGUCGGGAGCUUUCUCCAGAGUUGGAAAGAUUAAAACAGCUCUCAUUGAAAAUGCUAUCUAUUACGGCACCUACCUCCUUAUUUUCAUCUCUCUGCUCGUCUACGUGGCCGCUCACCCACAGUGGCAACUCACAUGGAGAGAGCUCCAGACCAUCGGCAUUACAGCCGCAAACACCUGGGGCCUCUUCCUUCUGGUGCUCUUGCUAGGCUAUGGCCUAGUGGAGAUCCCGCGUUCUUAUUGGCUCGCAUCUUCCCAUGGUUACCUGCUGGCCAAGACCUACUUCAAGGCAGCCAAAAUGGCUACUGAGAAGGUGUCGGCGGAGGAGAACCUGGCAGAUGUUAUGGAGGAGGUGGCAGGCGUCCAUGAAUCUGUCAGGUGCAACCACUGUCUCAGGAAGUGUGUGGACACCAUAAUUACAAAGUGUCCCACUGAGUACAAAGAAGAGAUGGGAAGAACUGUGGAAAGCUCUUGUGGUGAGCAGAAUGUCCUUCCCACCAAAAGAGGCUUAAUUAAGCUGCAUAAAAAAGUAAUCUCUGCAGUGCAGAGACACGGUCAGACUCAGGUUAAGUGGUCUAUGUUGUUAGAUGAGGCCUUUCAUCGAGAAGAUGUAGCUAAAAGCCAGAGCUGCCCAGUCCGACACUUCAUCCACGGCUCCCCGACAGAACACCACAGCGGCUGGAUCCGUCGGUUCAUCUACACUCCUACUGUGGAGUGGUACUGGGAGUGUGUGUUCAGGCAGGGUUUCUACAAGCUGCUGGCAGUUCUCCUGUGUCUCCUCUCAGCAGCAGUUGUUUGGUCCGAGUGCACCUUCUUCACUACACACCCGGUCCUCUCCCUCUUCGCUGUCUUCGUUCAGAUGGCUGAAAAACAACACAACUACAUUUGUAUCGAGAUGGUGUGCUUCGUCAGUAUCCUCUUCCUGUGUGUCUGUGUCUACUCCACAGUGUUCAGGAUACGAGUCUUCGACUACUACUACCUGGUGCCACAUCACCAGACUGAUGCUUACAGCCUCCAGUUCAGCGGCAUGUUGUUUUGUCGUCUGACCCCUCCUUUAUGCCUUAACUUUCUGGGCCUGAUUCACAUGGACUCCGCCAUCUCACACCAGGACAGAAUACAGACAUCCUACACCUCUAUCAUGGGCUCUAUGCGUGUGCUAUAUUUUAUAUCUGAUGGCUUCUACAUCUACUAUCCCAUGCUGGUAUUGUUGCUCUGCUCUGCCACUUUUUACAGCCUGGGCUCUCGCUGUUUGAACCUCCUAGGCUUCCAUCAGUACAUCACUGAUGACCACUUGACCUCUGACCUGGUGGAUGAAGGCAGGGAACUCAUCAGAAGAGAAAGAAGAAAAAGACAGAAAGCUGAGGAUGGAGAAAAUCGAAGAUGGGCCUGGACAGAGCGGUAUGGAGUCCAGGGGGCUACUGGGCGAACCAGAGGUGGUUACACUGAGUUGAAGGAUGACCAGAGCAGACCUGUCACAGAGAUCAAUAGUAGUGUUAUCACAUUCACCAGAAGAGAUGGAGAGGAGGAGGAGCAGAAGAGAGGCUUACUGCGAGAUAAUUCCAGCGAUGAAGGCUCACCAAACAGAAGAUCCACCGGAGGACGUUACCUUUCUCUGUCACCUUCUCGGACAGGCAUCUUUGACGAUGUUUGAUGGAGAAAAAAAGACUAAAAAUGCACGUCUUCUUAGGGAAAGUCUGACUGCAAAGGAUUAUACAGUAUCUCAGGAAAUAAAGAGGAAGAUACAAUCGGGCAAAACCAUUAUUCACUGAAAGAGAGCACUGACUGUGAUAAACCUGUUUGUGCAAAGCCAAAACCAUUUUCUGUGAAGCGUUAUUGGUUUUACAAGCAUAGAUUGAUGGAUAAAAGAGAUGAAUGGCACAAUUACACACCUGCAGCAAUUUGGGAUAAUCCACAUGAUACAUGUGGAAAUGUGCUGUUGUCUGAGUAUUUAACCACACAGGUUCACACAUUUUAUUUUUUUAGGAAAACAGGUCACUGUGCAAGCUGUGAAAACAAAAGAAAAUGACUACUGGUAUAUGUACUGAAAUUGAAGAUAUCAACACCCUAAUCGAUUUUAUGUUGUAGUUUACAGUCAAUUAUUUUCUGUAAGGGUGUGUAUGUUUUGCAUUUGUGUGUCUACCAAGAUGAUGCAUUAAAACAUAAUAAUUUUA